CAGUAGAAGAAGAAAAUGCUCGUCAUGUGAUCAAAUCUCGUUAGCAUCCAUACACACAUGCUGUAAAAUCAUCACAAACAUCCUGCUGGUUCUCUCAGUAACAGUUACAGUAACUGAAAGCCUGAAGUGGAGGUGUGAAUAAAUAAACAUGAGGCGUCUGAGCUCCGUUCAGCAGAAGAUCGCGUGCGUGUUUCUGACGGAAGUGAAGGAAGAACAGUCACGAAAACGAGACUGUCAGCAAUUUCAGGUCGUUGCCACUGAAAGCGUGAACCCUGUCGCUCUGGAGGCCGACAUCGACUGUGCGCUCGCCACAGAGAAGCUAGACGGCACCUGCUGUUACGUUACACUUCAUAAAGGUCAACCUUACCUCUGGGCUCGACUGGACAGGAAACCGAACAAGCAGGCGGAGAAGAGGUUCAAAAAGUACCAGCAUGCUCACCGGAGCUGUAAAGGUUUCUCAUGGAACGUAGAGGAAGACUUCAAGACGGUGCCGGAGACGUGGAUCCCUGCACACAAAGUCAAACACCAGAACGGCCACCCAGUACCAGACGAGCACGGACACAUUCCAGGCUGGGUUCCGGUGGAGAAAGACAACAAGCAGUACUGCUGGCACUCCUCUGUGGUGGAUUAUGAAGUAGGAGCAGCUGUCGUUCUCAGGCCCAGCGCUGAUGAUGAAGACAUGCUAGAAAUCGCUGCGGUCCAGUUGUCCGACCUCGUGGAACAAACGCUGGAGCUCAUCGGAACCAACGUCAAUGGAAACCCUUACGGACUUGGGAGUAAGAAGCAGCCCGUUCACUUCCUGGUAUCUCAUGGGAGUGUUCGCAUCAGAAACCCUCCACCGGUGGACUUCCAGCAGCUCUGCGCCUGGUUUCAGGAGAGUCCGGAGGGCCGAGUGGAGGGCAUCGUCUGGCACUGCAAUGACGGCUCGCUCAUCAAGGUUCAUCGUCAUCACCUCGGGCUGAGGUGGCCCGAUGGAGAAACCAGCCUCGGUGAGAAGGCGGUGGUGGUUCACGUCGACGGGACGGUCGACGAAUACAACACCAGCAAGGACUUGUUUUCAUCCUUCUCUGCGUUAAACGGACGAUGUUUCAGCCGCCUGCAGGACGUCCAGUUUGACUCGUAAACACUUGCAGAGGAGCGGACGUCUGAAGCUGAAGGCGUGACCGUGAGGAUUUGUUAAUAAGACGACUGCUGCUAGAUAUUCUCAUGAGUGAUUCCUGUUGAGUUACAGCAUGUAACAGUUUGAAGAACUGGGAACAGCUUUAGUGUAAAAAUGACCAACUGGAAGAUUUGAACAAGUCAAGUUAUACUGUAAAUACUGAAUGUUACAGCUCUGUAGGAGCUGAGGGAAGGAAGUGAGUCUGUAAAUGUGUACAUUCAGAGAUUUUACAACAGCUUUAUUGAAAAACACACAAACACUAUGCCACAACUGUACAAAUAUAAAGAAAUAUAUAUUCUACUUACAAAGAGUAACGUUACAUUAUUAACAGAAACAGCUGCCUGAUGAAGAAGUGAAGGAAUUGUUUGAAUGUAAACUUUUGUUUCAAGCUUUCCAAAGAUUUUUCCCUUUUUGAAUUGGACCAAAAUAGAAAACUGUUCCAACUUUAAAGGUGAUGGAGUGAGGGAAUGUCUUUAAAAUAUUUAUUAAUGUAGCAAAUUAGACUAAUGCUCGAGUCUUAAUGGUGUGUCUGCACAAACUGCCUGAAUAAAAGAACUCUGCAUUACAUCAGGAGGUGUGCAGAAAUCAAGACAACAUACAAAUACGUGCUUGAUGCAUGCUCGGCUAUUAUUCUAUGCAUUGUAAGAAAUUAAAGACGGUUAUUGCAAA